AUGGCAUUUGAGCUAACUAAGACAUUUUGGGGGUUUUUGACUCUCUUAUUGGUUUCAAAUUUGCAAUACUAUUAUUUGGUUGAGGGAGUAUCGCAAGUGCCUUGUUUGUUCAUAUUUGGAGACUCUUUGUUGGAUACGGGGAAUAACAAUUUGCUUCUCACAUUGUCGAAAGUCAAUUACCUUCCAUAUGGGAUUGACUUUCCCAGGGGUCCCACAGGAAGGUUUUCCAAUGGCCCCAAUUAUGCCGAUGUUGUAGCUGAGCUUCUGGGUUUUGAGAAAUACCUUCCAGUACCAUUUGCUUCUGCAACAUCAGGGACAGAUAUUCUCAAAGGUGUAAACUAUGCAUCAGGUUCAUCCGGUAUUCGUGAUGAAUCUGGAUACACUGAGGGUGCUCGGAUAAGCUUGAAUCUGGAGCUGCUAAAUCACAAAAUUAUAGUAGCAAGAAUUGUGCAGAUAUUAGGAAAUAAGGAAUUGGCUGCUCAACACCUGAGCAAAUGCGUAUACUUGGUUGGAAUAGGCAGCAACGACUAUGCGAACAACUACUUCCUGCGCCAGUUUUACCCAACUAGCAGACUAUUUACUCCUGAGCGGUAUUCCAUAGUUCUCAUUCAACAAUUGCGUCUACAAUUACAGACAUUGUACAAUCUUGGGGCAAGGAAGCUGGCACUUUCUGGAUUGAGCUUGAUAGGUUGCACUCCAUAUGAAGUGGCUACGUAUGGUACAAAUGGCGGUCCAUGUGUGGACAACAUUAACAUUGCCGUUCAACUUUUCAACACCAGACUUAGAUCUCUUGUAGAUGACCUCAACGCCAAUUUUUCCAAUUUUAAAUCCAUCUACAUUAACAAUUAUGAAAUCCAAUCAUCCACCAAUGCCUCAUCUGUUGUUAUUCGUCAAGUUCGAUGUAUUCCAUUUGGGAAUACAAGUGCGAAUAGGAAUGAAUACGUAUUUUGGGAUGCAUUUCAUCCAACUGAGGUUGCAAGUGUGCGAUUGCAAGUAGAGCAUACAAAGCUCUGUUGCCUACUUACGCUUAUCCACAUGAUAUCAGGCAGUUAG